UGGUCAGGCGCCUCGACUCCGGAAUCGACGGUGCAUUGCAGGGCGCCCGGGGUGCUCCGGAGGAUCUCGGUGUGACCCCUGCAGGCUCCUGAGCCGGACCAGGCGGGCGGGCAGGCGGCUGAGGCUCCAGCUGGAUCUGGGAGGAUUGGAAGCCAUGGCACCGCCUGGGCAGAAGCCGGAGUCGUUCGUCCGCCGGGAUCUCCUUGGGCUCGCCUUCACACCGGGAAAACUUUCUCCUGCCAACUUUUGAAAGUUUGCCCGCUGGCUCCUGCCUCGCCUUUUUCCUUCAUGAGCCCAGAAGGAGCGAACCCUCCGGCCCCCGCCCGCCCCCGCCGCCUCUCCUCCUGGCCUCUGCCCGCCCCUGCCCCGCCGCGGCCCCGGGGGCAAACCUGAAGAGGAGGAGAGAGUGGCAGCGGUGCCCGGCAGCCUUUCCCCGGGCAGCGGGGCUGGAAGAUGUGAGCAGCUGGCAACGGAGCGCCUCCCUUGGCACCUGGCUGGGCCCUGGCGCCUUCCUUCCCAGGGGAGCUGGGCUGGCCCCGAGCAGGGGUGCGCCUCGCAUGCCCCCAACGCUGCCCUGCGCCCCUCGAAGGACUCCGGCUGGCCAUGGCGAUCCAGGGCAUGGAGCUCUGCGCCGUGGCGGUGGUCAUUAUCCUCUUCAUCGCCGUCCUCAAGCAGUUCGGGAUCCUGGAGCCCAUGUCCAUGGAAGACAACGGCGACAGCGAGUUGGAGCUGUCCACCAUGCGGCAUCAACCGGAAGGCCUAGACCAGCUCCAACUUGUAACCAAAUUCACCAAAAAGGAACUGCAGUCGCUCUACAGAGGCUUCAAGAACGAGUGUCCCAGUGGCCUGGUGGAUGAAGAGACCUUCAAGCUCAUCUAUGCCCAAUUUUUCCCCCAGGGAGAUGCCACCAUGUAUGCCCACUUCCUGUUCAACGCUUUCGAUCUGGACCGGACCGGAGCCAUUCGAUUUGAAGACUUCGUCAUUGGCCUCUCCAUUUUGCUACGUGGCACAGUGCAUGAGAAACUCAGCUGGGCUUUUAACCUCUAUGACAUCAACAAGGACGGCUACAUUACCAAGGAGGAGAUGCUGGCCAUCAUGAAAUCCAUCUAUGACAUGAUGGGUCGCUACACCUACCCGAUCCUGCGGGAAGAUGCUCCUUUCGAGCACGUGGAAAAGUUCUUCCAGAAAAUGGACAAGAAUCAGGAUGGCGUAGUUACCAUCGAAGAGUUCUUAGAGACGUGUCAGAAGGAUGAGAACAUCAUGAAUUCCAUGCAGCUCUUUGAAAAUGUCAUUUAGGAUUGCUCAGGUUCCUGCCUGUUUUUUUUUCCUGACCCACCUGCCUCCUUGGCCGUGCAGGAGACGGAGCCCUCAGUCUGUCUUGUGAAGCACACAUCUUUUGGAGAAACCCACCAAAAAGUCUUUUUAUAUCUUGACGACAGAAAUCGGGGUGAAGACGCAAGGCAUGCGACUUGCUUACAAAACUCCUUGGAUUCUCAAGACGGGAGCAUUGAGGAAGAGGAGGGAGGAGGGGGAGAAAGGGUUGGUGGAGGGGGGGGGAAAUCUGGGACAUGUCUCGGCAUGUCUUCUUGGCUCAGGGAGAGAGAUUUCUAGCAGUAAGGCAGGGGAUUUUUUUAAAAAAAACAACAACACAGUAAAAGAUUGU